CAACAGAUCCAAGAUGCCUCAGUUUGAGAAGACCACGGUACACAUGAGAGACCCUGAGAGGGUGGAGCAGAUCAUAUGUGGGCUCAUCAAGGGAGGAGCUUCCAAACUACAGAUCAUCACAGACUUCGACAUGACGUUAAGCAAGUUCGCCAUCAAUGGCAAACGCUGUCCAACGUGUCACAAUAUCAUUGAUAACUGUAAGCUGGUAACAGAGGAGUGCAGGCACAAGCUGCUGCAGCUGAAGAAUAAAUACUAUCCCAUCGAGAUCGACCCUAACCUCACCAUGGAGGAGAAGUACCCGUUCAUGGUGGAGUGGUAUUUCAAGUCCCACACGCUGCUUGUGGAGCAGCGGCUAGAGAAAGACAAACUGCCAGAGGUGGUGAGAGAGUCUGACGCUGCACUCAGGGAAGGCUAUGAGCAGUUCUUUGACCGCCUGCAGCAGCACAACGUGCCUGUCUUCAUCUUCUCCGCCGGCCUGGGCGACGUGCUGGAAGAAAUCAUCCGCCAGGCCGGAGUCUACCACCCCAACGUCAAGGUCGUCUCCAACUUCAUGGAGUUCGAUGAUAAUGGGAUUCUGAAGGGUUUCAAAGGCGAGCUGAUCCACGUGUACAACAAACACGAUGGUGCCCUGCGGAACACGGAGUACUUCAAACAGGUGAAGGAAUACUGCAACAUCAUCCUAAUGGGCGACUCGCUGGGGGACCUCAGCAUGGCCGACGGCGCGCCCAAUGUGGAGAACAUCCUCAAGAUCGGCUUCCUCAACGACAAGGUGGAAGAGCGACUGGACAAAUAUCUGGACUCUUAUGACAUCGUCCUGGUGAAGGACGAGACUCUGGAAGUGCCCAAUGCCAUCCUCCAGAAGGUUCUAUAACUCCACCCCCAAGUUCAACCCCCCCAACCCACCCACCUCCCUACCUACCACCCAGUCCACCCUUCUCCUCCCAUCCCUUCUAGUCUCUGGCCUGUCAGGCUUUUAACACCGACCUAAACCUUUGUCGCCAGUAGAGACUGGUCACUAUUUAGCCCCUCCACUCGCCCUGGAUCCCACCAGAGUCAUCUUCUGAACCCCCCACCCCCCUUUACCCUAUAAAAGCCUUUUAAAAAGACAUUUUACAUCUCCUGAAUGAACUGUUUUAAAAGUCUACGCAGCAGCAUCA